GCCAAACUGACUUCGACAGUUUACAGAACUGCACUUAUAACAUCUCAUUGUUCAAAACACUUUUGCAGAAAAAAAUGUAAUGAAAGGAAGACCGCAGCUUUUGAUUAAAUACCCUCGGGUGUUGGUAUUUCCCAGCCUCCAACGAGACUCGAGGUUACGACCAACAACAUUGCCAGUCAUCAUUAUACAUUUGAAACUAAAUGAGCUUUGUAAUUAGUUAGCUCAGGGAUUCAUUCCAUAUGCUAUGGACGAGGAUUCUGAAGACCCGUCCAGCCCAUCUCCAUCCUGCUCCAACGAACCCCAACCCAUGGUGUCCCCGAGUCUUGACAGGAACCGUGGUGACCAGGAGGACAGUAACCAUGGUGAUCAGAAAGACACAGCGCAGGGUCAGGAGAGGGUUACUGCGAGUCUGGACAUGAACAGUGAAACACCAACAUUUAAUAUCGUAGUCAAAGAAGAAGAAGAAGACUGGGAACUAGAUAAUACAGGAGAGAGUCCCAGCCAUCACUCUGCAGCCGGGGAGAGACCCUCUACAUCAGGAGAACCUAAACAACACCAGAUAAAACGCAGAACGAGGCAGAAAAAGACCCACCCAUGCCCAGAUUGUGGGAAACACUGCCAGACAUUAUCGGCACUACAAAUACACAUGAGAACCCACACAGGAGAGAAGCCUUACGCUUGCUUUGUGUGUGAGAAAACGUUCAUUAUUAGACAAGCUUUGAAAACACACCAACGAACCCACACAGGAGAGAAGCCUUAUACCUGCUCUGAGUGUGGGAAGGGCUUCGCUCAUCAAUGUAGUUUGAGAUACCACCAAAAGAGGAAUUCUGAACAGAUUAAAACAGACCCGAAUGAGAAGAUAACCUGCUGCUGUGGACAAGAGUUCUCCUCAAAGUGCGUUCUGGAGGUUCACUUGAAGACAGACACUGGAGCCAAGCCUUACACCUGCUGUGUUUGUGGCAAGAGGUUCAAUAAAGAAUCAUUAAAAGAACACCAGCGAUCUCACACAGGAGAGAUGCCUUACUCUUGCUCUUUCUGUGGCAAGGGUUACUACCACAAACCGGCUUGGAAAGCCCACGAGCGAACACACACCGAGGAGAAGCCCCUGUGCUCUGUGUGCGGACGGACCUGCUCUAGUAAGUAUACGUUAAAAGUCCACGAGCGAACACACACAGGAGAGAUGCCUUUCCUCUGCUCUGAGUGUGGCAAGGGCUUCAUCAGUAAAGGACUCCUGAUGACCCACGAGCGAUUCAACUGUUCUGGGGGAGAGGAACAACGUCGAGCAAAGAGCUUUCACAAGUGUCCGGACUGUGGGAAGGAGUUCACUCAAGCAAACAAACUGGAGAGACACAUGAGAACACACACAGGAGAGAGGCCUUACCAGUGCUCUGUGUGUGGGAUGACGUUCAACCAGAAAGGGAAUCUCAAAACGCAUUUUAAAGUGCACACAGGCAGGGAUCCCAGUUUCCUGCCUGACAUGGACAUGAGGACGACUUCUUCAGAAGCAGUGAAACAACCUCCGGACAACAGACAUAAUGUUGGGAAACCACAACGAUGCCUGAAUCAGAUUGGCAAGGAGGGAACCCACACCCUUCCGGCACCACAAACCCACAACCUUCCGGCACCACAAACCCACAACCUACCGGCACCACAAACCCACAACCUUCCGGCACCACAAACCCACAACCUACCGGCACCACAAACCCACAACCUACCGGCACCACAAACCCACAACCUACCGGCACCACAAACCCACAACCUACCGGCACCACAAACCCACAACCUACCGGCACCACAAACCCACCACCUCCCGGCACCGCAGAGGGAAGGAAGCCACCACCUCCCGGCACCACAGAAACCCACCAUGUCCCCCAGGGGAGAAAAACGCUAUCUCUGCACUGAAUGUGGCAAGACUUACACCAGGGAAUAUGACCUCCGAGUCCAUCUCAGAACGCACACAGGAGAGAGACCGUACCAGUGCUAUGACUGCGGGAAGGCCUACGUCCGGAAAAACAAUCUCCAACAACACCGGCGGUCACAUGCUCCCAAGCCCAUGGGACCGACCCGCCAUUUAGGCAGACCACCCAGGGUGGGCUCUAGUAGUGGAAGGUCCAACCAAUCACCCAGGGUAGGAAAAGCUUAGCAAAAAAUACAUACAUCAAUGUAAAUAUGAGAGACUUAUGCCCUUACCGCAGAUGGAGAGAGGACACUGGCAGUACUGGCACCUUUAAAAAUGGGGCUGGGUCCAUAUCUUCAUCCCAAAUGGCACCCUAUUCCCUAUAUAGUGCACUACUUUUGACCAGGGCCCAUAUGGGAACCUUGAGGGCUCUGCUGAAAUGUAGUGCAUUAUAUAGGGAAUAGGGUGCUAUUUUGGACACCCACCAUGCCUCUUAUGACUACAGAAUCGUUAUUCUUUCUGGUGUGUGCGCGCGCACGUAUUUGUGUGUGUGUUGUAGAGGUCGACCGAUUAAUCGGAAUGGCUGAUUUAAUUAGGGCUGAUUUCAAGUUUUCAUAACAAUCGGA